AUAUGACGUAUAUAGCGGAAAUGAGAGAAAUUCCAAAAUGGAGGAAUCUAACUUGCCUCUGUGUGUUUCGAUUCAUAAACUGGAGGACUACAUUAAUUGUUCAAUAUGUAUGAACGAACUAACCAGCACCACUAUGACAAUGUGUGGACAUCGGUAUUGUCAGAAGUGUAUCCUGGAGUGGGUGGACAGAAAGCACACAUGCCCCUGCUGUAAUGCCAACCUUACCCAGAAGUCCCUGUUCAAGGACCAUCAAUAUGAUAGUCUCAUCGCCACCAUCAACACAGAAAAGCAGAAGGAGGAGGAGAAAUACUUUGAGACAUUGAUAAACUCUGUCAGCCAUAACGAGACAUCAGACGUCCAGUUGUCUCCCGUGGAGAAAGUCCUGCAGAACCACCUCAAAAGAAGCCUCGCAGCACAUGAGAAAUACUUACAAAAUCUAAGGGACCAGUUUCACAAGAAGAUAACCAGUUUAGAUCGAGAAUGCACGAAAGCUAUUUCCGAGCUACAGAUGCACAGCCUCUCUCAACAAGAAGUGACACAACAAACCUCAGAUCUGAACAACACCCUCUCUAGACGCAAGGAAGCACUACAGGAGGAACUCAACAUAUGUGCAAAACUCAUUGCAGAUGCAUUCGACAAACAUCUAGAAAGUCACAUUCCACGUUUGGAUGUCCUUCCUGUCAAAGUAUCCAUCAACAUACUGGACAAGAAUAUACAGCUGUCGGAUCUCAUGAUGUCUCCUGCUGAUGUAGCUGUGUCCAGAAUCAAGACUGCUGUGGAGGAAGCCAUGAAGGCCAAAGGUAACCCUCUAGUGGCCUGGGAAGACGAUGUCCAGUUUGUUCUGUUCGGUCCCUUUGUGAAGUGCAGUCCCUGUGAGAUGCAGCAGAUGAUCAGAGAGAUUUUGUACAAUGGAUUGGAAUACCCAGACAUUCAUGUGUUGGCUAACGACUGUCGACCCGUAUUACAGCUAGGAAUGAAACCGAACAGUGUGAUUGUGAUUUAUGGCACGCUACGAUGCGAGAGUGAUCUGCCCAAGAGAUGCUUUGUUAAGAACUUCAGAAAGGAAGAAGGACAGACUAUGGACUACUUCCAGUGUAAACAGUGCUCAUUUAAAUGGAUUUGUAGAUCUUGUAUGGAGGUUUGUCACAGAGGACACGAUGUUGUUCCCUACAUAAUGAACCAUGUACCGGAGUGGGCUUGCUGUUACUGCCCCAGGAAGAAGAAAUGUGUUUUAUAGGAAGAACAUUUCCUCAUCAGUGAAACCGGAAUCCAUAAUUUAUCUUUUAGAAAAGAAACGAUCCACGUUUUCAUUCUGAUAUUUUCUCAGUGAGUUCUGAGCACCAAAUACAUUGUCUGACUGUGAUAUUAUAUAGAAACCACUCUCAUUAUUUGACUGUGAGUGGAAUUAACAUAAUAAUGUACCGCUGAUAGUAUUAAAGUGAUAUCAGUACGUUUA